AUGGGCUCCGACCCCCAAUACUCCCUUUACCCCAACCUCUCCCUAGCCCAAGACAUCUUCGUCCUCACCAACCGCUCCGCCUCCGCUCCCUCUAAGAAAACGUCCCUCCAAAACCUCCAAAAUGCCAUCACCGAACACAAAAUGGCCCCCUUAUACCGCUACCUCGCGCAUCCAGCCGAAGGCGUUCUCAACGCCUCCGGCGAAUCAACGUCCUCGGGACGAAAACCUCCACCGCCCAAAAACGCAGCUACAAUUCUCCUAAAACGGAGACGGGGGAGCGGCACGUUCGAUUACCCUUGGGACGAGGCAUUCUACGAAAAGCUGAAGAAGGAAAACGAAGAGGAGCUGGAGGCUAUUCAGAAGGAGGAGGAAGAGGCGGUCGAGAAGGCCGGGGACUCUGAGGUUCUGGCUGCGAAGGGGAAGAGAGCGGAGUUCUUCGCGCGCGUGGGGGACAAAGAGAAAGCUAUCGCUGCCUACGAGAAACAGUUCGAAGAGACGGGCCCCUUGGGCACGAAAAUCGAUCUCGUACUUGCGAUGGUGAGGCUGCAUAUGUUCUUCAACGACCGGCUGGGCGUGAAAAAGAAUGUGGACCGCGCGAAAACACUGGUUGAAAGUGGAGGUGACUGGGACCGCAGGAAUCGAUUGAAGGCUUACCAGGGACUGUAUCUACUGGAUAUAAGGAGCUACAAUCUUGCGGCCCCAUUGCUGCUGGAUAGUCUGAGCACGUUCACGAGUUAUGAGCUCUGCUCUUACUCGAGUCUUGUCGUCUACUCAGUGCUCACAGGAAGUAUUAGUCUGAAGAGGUUGGAUUUCAAGAGCAAGGUUGUGGAUGCGCCGGAGAUCAGGGCUAUUCUUGGGGAUGGGGAGGAGAAGUUAAGUGCAUUAUCUGGAGCCGCGAGUUCGGGGCCUGGGGCAGGGGAUGAGGAGAUGGAGGAUGUGGUACAGAAGUCAGCGACGCCGGGAACAGGGGCGGCGGUCAACUUGACGACGCUGGGGAGUUCUACAGCGCCUCAGGAGGCGGAGAAGCAGGUGGAUUUCACGCCCUUGGCUGGGCUGGUGAGGAGCUUGUAUGUGGGAAAUUAUCAGGUUUUCUUCCAGGCGCUGGCGGCGGUGGAGGAGAACUUUGUGAGUCAGGAUCGGUAUCUUUAUGAGCAUCGGAAUUGGUUUGUGAGGGAGAUGAGGUUAAGGGCGUAUCAGCAAUUGUUGCAGAGCUACAGGGUUGUGGGGCUGCAAAGUAUGGCCAGGGAGUUUGGCGUCUCGGUUGACUUCCUUGAUCGUGACCUGGCCAAAUUCAUCGCCGCAGACCGCAUCCCAUGCACGAUUGAUCGGGUCAAUGGUAUUAUUGAAACCAAUAGACCGGAUGACAAGAACAAGCAAUAUGCAGAUGUGGUCAAACAUGGAGAUGCACUUAUCACGAAGCUACAGAAAUAUGGGCAAGCUGUCAGACUCAGGGGGAGUGAGAGGGGUUGA